AUGGAAGCUGAUCCAGAUGAACUUUUGAAUUGGCUUAAAGGAGAUGGAAGUGGCGAACGUGAUCUUCAAAUAAUUGCACUUGAACAACUAUUUUCCUUUUUGUUUUCAGGCAUGCUAGUCCUAAUGAGUGAUAAUAUCGAUCGAUGUUUUGAACAGUAUCAACCUCGAUUAUUUCUUCCUGCUCUCUGUGAUAUCUUUAGUGAUCCAUUGGCACCCACGCAUGUUCUCGAAGUAACAGCACGUGCACUGACAUACUUUCUUGAUGUGUCAGUUGAUUGUGCGAAGAAAAUCACCUCACAUCCAACCAUUAUUCGUUCGAUGUGCACAUGUCUACAAGCUGUUGAUAUUGAAGAUCGAACCAACAAAGAUCUUGCCGAGCAAAUCAUCAAAGUUUUCGAACGUCUGUGUUCACGAGAAACAUCUAGCAUUUAUGAACAAGAUGGCCUACGUUGUGUAUUGGAUUUCAUCAAUACUUGCUAUUCUGUGGUACAUAAAGAUUCGCUACAAUCAGCAUUGAACGUCGUCGUGAAAUUAAUCGGUAAAAUUGAUCCACAAAAUUCGCCAACAUUGGAUCAAACGAUCGAAUCAUUAUCAAAUUUACUUUUACACGACGACACAUUCGUUGCUGAUAAUGCACUGAGAUGCUUCGCAACAUUGGCUGAUCGAUUCUCCAGAAAGAAUGUUGAUCCCGAACCAUUGAUGCGCUACGGUUUGAAAGAUGUUCUGCUCCGAUCGUUACACUAUGUUUCCAAAUCAUUAACUGAAACACACAAUGCACCGAAUGCACGUGGUAUUACAACGAAUCUAUCGGUUGUAACUGGUUUAUUGUCAACUCUAUGCCGCGGCAGUGCGAAAGUAACACAUGACCUUUUGCGAUCGGAUCUACCCGAUGCAUUAGAAGCAGCGCUUUGUGGAGGCGAUGAGCGAUGUGUAUUGGACAUCAUGCGAUUUCUCGAUUUAUUAAUCGUUCUGAUUUUCGAAGGGCGACAAGCUCUACCACGUCCUGGAAGUUCAGUGCGCACAACUAAUCCUCCACCUCCGCCCAAUGAAACACCACAGAAUCCUCCUGCAUCAACAACAGCAACAACAGGCAAUACAACACCCUCGGAUCGAUCUCAGCAGCAAAUCAUUGAAUACAUUCGUUCGCGCAACCUUCAAGUUUUCACAAAUUAUAUCGAAGAAAAUAACAUCGAUGUUAACUAUACCGAUAAUGUUGGUCAAACCAUGUUAAAUUGGGUGUCGGCAUUCGGUACACGCGAAAUGGUUGAAUAUCUGUGUCGACGUGGUGCUGAUGUUAAUCGUGGUCAACGUUCAUCUUCGUUGCAUUAUGCUGCUUGUUUCGGCCGUGCAUCUAUCGUUCGUAUUCUAUUAAAAUAUGGUGCCAAUGUUGAUUUACGUGAUGAGGAUGGUCGUACACCGUUAGAUAAAGCACGUGAACGACAAGAUGAGAAUCAUCAAGAAGUUGUCGAUAUUCUUCAAUCAGCUCAUGAAUGGACUGAUACGAAGCAGCCAACUUCGUUCGAAAAAGCUAAAGGUGAUCUUGAUAUACAGCCAAUGUAUCUCGAACGUUUAUUGAGUAUCUUUUGCCAAUUAUAUCAAAAUACGAUGAUCUUAACGAUUAAACGCAGUACAUUACGUUUAGUUUCGAAAUUGAUUCACUAUGCAACAUUAGAACAGAUUCGAGACUUGAAAAUUUUAACAAGUGUCUUCGAACUACUAUCGACUAUAUUGGACACCAACGAAGCUGAUAAUGAUACUUCAAACAUUGUUUUAUUAAUCAUCAAAAACUUAUUUGAAAAGGAUCAAGAUUUAUUUCUUGAACAAUUCCAAUAUCUGGGUUUAAUAUCGAAAAUUACAUCCUUAGCACUAUCACACGAAAAUGACAACCCAAAACCAACGGAACAAGUAGUUUUAAUUAGUAUUCUACCAAUGGAUGUCAAAGAAAUCGUUUGUUCGAGACCGUAUGUCUGGAAUGAAUUCAGUUUCUUACGAAAUCGUGAAUGUUUAUACGUAUGGAACAAUUUCAUUGUUAUUGAAUUAUCCAUGGGUUCCAAUGGUUGGUUUCGAUUCUUCACAAACAAUACAUUAUCUACAAUGUACUCAUCCGGAAGUCCAGAAACCAAUGUCGACACCGAAGAAAAUCGUCAUGACUUUCUCGAUAAGUUUCAGCGAAUAAAACAACAGGUGUUCGAAGGUACUGACCAAGAACGAGACACCGAUAAACAACAGAUGAUCGUUGCACGCACGAUUUUCACGUCGAAUACAAAUAACGAAACGAUUAUUACUGUUGGAAACUGGACAUUGCAGUGCGAUGGAGCGACACAACUUCGAAUUCAUAAUGUUGAAGGUGAGCAAGUAACGAUUCUUGAACACGAUCAAUCCGGUUUUAUUUUCGAAUCAAAUCGCGGCAUUCGUCAUACACAUAGUGGUGAGAUGCCGUUACCAAAUGAUUUUUCGAAUCCUUGGUCAACAAUUGAAUCUUUGACUUCAUCGAACAGCUCCACAAUCGCUGCUGGUCUUAAGAAAGGCAAACCGGAACAGAACAAACAACGCACGUCGGAAAUUGCGCUAUUUAUUUACAAUGAAUAUCUGAAAACAUUCUCGCCAACAAAUUACACACGUUCGAUUUUGCUCGAACUUCAAUCGAUUGUCAAAGAUUUAAACAAUGAGCUGAAUUCGAAUUCGUCAACGAAUCUACGAAGUCUUUUUGAGAAACUAAAAGGUUUUCUUUUGGAUAGAACAAGUCUAUCGACUUAUGAAUUGUCCUCGUCGGGUCUUGUCUCGACAUUAUUGGAAAUUUUUCAUGGUUUACUCGAUCAGAACAAUCAUCUCUCAUCACACGGUCAAGUCUAUGAACGAGCGAAAUUAUUCUGUUCAGUCUUUCUUACCGAUGAUCAACCACAAGCAUUUCAAAGUCUUAUCCGAAAAUUAAUUUCAAUCUUAGAAUCAAUUGAAAAAUUGCCAUUGUUCUUGUAUGACGCACCAUUUAAUUAUGGUGUACAAACAUUUUCCAAACGUUUUCGUCUGCAAAUUCAAUAUAAAAGUGAAUUACAACUGUUCACUGAUCGAUCAGGCAAAUUCUUGAAAAUCGAACCAUUGACAACAGUUGGACAAUUGAAAAAUUUCCUUGCAUCAAUGGUUUCUAAACAGUGGUACGAUCAUCCACAUAAUCAAUUAGAAUUUGUGAAACAAUUUAAAUCAAACUCGCUAGCUACAUUUACGUAUACAAAUGAUUUCGAUCAAAACGGAAUCUUAUACUGGAUUGGUACUAACGGAAAAACAACUUCGGAUUACACGAAUCCAUGUUCCAGUGGACUUGUUGCGGUGUCGUGUUCGGACAGUAAUCGCGCAUCACAACAAUUGUCCGAUGUAAUUUCUCAUUCGCCACCGGCAGAUGAUAGUGAAGGUACAAAUUCUGGUUAUAGUUGGAUACUGAUUGAUUUAGGUUUGAUGGUCAUUCCAACGCAUUUCACAUUGAGACAUGCCACUGGUGGUUUUGCUCAUUGGACGAAAACUUUAUCGUUUCAAAUCUCGAAAGAAACAGUACACUUUUCACCAUGUGAAACCACGUUAGUAGGUGAAUCGAGUUCUCCAACAGCAACAUGGAUGAUCAAAAAUCCCUUUGAAAGUUCCAACGGUUUUCGGUAUAUCCGUAUUCAUCAGAAAUCCGGUCGACAUCCUGUCUGUAUCGCUGGAUUCGAAGUCUAUGGGGAAGUACUUUCAGUUGUGGACAUUCGUUCGAAACCUGAAUUACAUCGUUCACGUUCUUGCCGCACUGAUGACCGAAAUCGUUCGACGAACACCCGACAAAAUCCACCUUACAAUCACUCCUAUUCAACAUCAGUUACAACAGCACGCAUGAAUAAAAUGCAAUCUCAUAUUCUCCGGCGUUUAGCCAGUAUGAACACGUCGGAAAAUUCGAACUCGACCAGCGAGAAUCGACCAGCACAAGCAGCACUUGAUCAGAUGCUAUUCGAUCUUUCAUCUAUUCCUGCAGACAUAUCCACUGCAUUAGAAUCCGAUGAUCCUGAGCGUUUACGACUAGUGAUUGAAGAGACACUCUCGCGUUUAACAGAAGAUACAGUACCGAAUACUAGCAAUAAUAGUAUAUUAAACAUAAUUUCACAACGCAAAAGUGCAUCGACACCGGAUAUUAGCAACGGUGCAUCGACAUUUUCAGUUUCAACAACUGAACAAGCAUCCAGUGCUGACAAUCUAGUAUCAUCGACUCGAGCAGCAGAUCAAGUUGUUCAUUUAAUGCAAGGAUUUUGUGAUCAGAUCGCGCGACAAUAUGAUGCACUGGUUAGUCAACCACAAAUUGAAUCGACGUCAUUUGAAGACUUUCUUGCACCUGUUCAAAAUGAUAUGACAAAUGAACCUGAAUGGAUGCGUUUCACUGAGCUUAAAGAUGAGACAAUUGUUAUUUCAAAAGAAGAAACAAACGAUAAAACAAAUGAAAGCCGUGCAGCAAUGCAAUCAAUAAGCAGUACACCGGAAUCAGUUGAACUUUUAUCUGCGACUAAUGAAGAAAACAACAAGAAAAAUACUACUAGUGAAUCUUCUGAACAACAAAUCAUAUCAUUAGAAAACGAUCUUAAUGCUAAUGUACCUAAUGUUUCCAGUACGUCGUUGAAUAUCUUUACAGCGUCCGAAAGUUCGCUUGAUUUGAAUGUUGCGACACCAUCAACGGCGAAUGUGGCCAACAUUCCCAUUAUUGAUGAUGAAACCAAUCCAACUGAAGAACUGACAAAUACGUCUGAUCCACAACAAAAACAGACGGACGAAACAACAACUGACGAUGAAGAUUACGAAUAUACAUUACUGAAACGAUUGAAAUCAACAACGGAGCAAAUCGAUGCGCCAGUUGAAGGUGAUGAUGAUGAAGAUGAAGAACAACAAGAGGAAGAAGAAGAAUAUAAUGAAGAAUUACAAGCACAUCUUCAUGGUCAACAACAGGAACUUACGCAUCGUAAUUGGGACGAAAAUUUCGUAUUAAAAAGACAAUUUUCUGUUUUACUUCCGGCAUUUGAUGGUCGACCAGGUAGAACAAACAUCAAUGCGACACAGGAUAUCCCCGUGCCAACAUCGGUGUCGCCCAAAGAAGCAACAUCAACAAAACGCAUAUCAAACACGGAUGCACUUGCUGCGGCAAACAUGACUCUUUUUAUUCGUGGACCAUCGCCUCAUGUCUCAGGAUUGAAAGAAAUCGAAAUCGAAAUGAGCGAUAUGGAUGCCACUAUCUUCAAAUAUGUUCAACAAUUGAUUGAACCCUUUCCGUCUUCACAACGAUACGAACGCAUCAAACGAAUAUUCGAACCAACAUAUACAAUCGUUUAUACAGAAAAAUCAUCGGCACAAUCGAAAUCUAACAGUUCGUUAAUCAACAACUUCAAUCUAUCGGAUUCUUCCAAUGAUGUUUGUACCAUCGAAGAUAUUCUCAAACUUCUUCGCCAAUUAUACUAUCUUUCCACAAACUAUCUUCAAACACAUCCUCAUCAUGACGAAUCGAUCUCCGUCGACGGCUAUUUCAAUUCAAAAAAGUUAAACAAUAAACUAUUACAGCAAAUCCAAGAUUCCAUUCUCAUUGCAUCGUUGAGUUUACCGUCUUGGACAUCAUGGUUAACUCAUUCGUAUAAAUUUCUUUAUCCUUUUGAAACUCGACAACUAUACUUCCGUACGACAAGCUUUGGAACAUCACGUUCGAUCGUCUGGUUGCAAGAACGACGGGAAGAAUUGAUUCGGACAGUUCGAAGUAGUUCACAUUCACGUUCGCGUGUAUUAAACGAGAUUUCUCCACAUGAUUUUCGCUUUGGCCGUCUGAAAAUCGAUCGGGCUGUUGGUAUCGACCGAGAAAAUAUUCUUCGCGAUGCUGUGAAUCUCUUCCAUUACCAUGCCAAGUCUAAAUCAAAAUUAGAAAUACAAUUCCUCAACGAAGAAGGCACUGGCGAUGGUCCAACAUUGGAAUUCUACGCAUUGAUCGCCAAUGAAUUACAAAAAUAUCAACUAGGUCUCUGGUGGACACACGACGAUCACGAUUCACAUCAAACGGAUUAUGUCCGGAAAUUGGAAGGUCUCUUUCCAGCUCCGUAUGCUCAGGACAAUGCCAAACUGGAUGAGAUUUGCAAUUACUUUUCCUUAAUGGGAAUCUACUUUGCCAAGUGUUUACUAGAUAAAUAUCUGAUUGAUAUGCCGCUGUCGAUAUCGUUUUUGAAAUUAUUGUGUACGAAAUCGAAAAUGGAAGACAUUUGGUACGAUGGUAUUUUGGAUAUAAACGAUUUGAUAUUGAUCGAACCAUCACGAGGAAAAUUCUUUGAAAAAUUGAUUGAAUUACUCGCUAAACGAAACCAGAUCAUAAAUGAUGAAAGUUUAACGAUUGAACAAAGAAAAACUCAAUGUCAAUCAUUGAAAAUUGAAAAUGAGACACACGAACCAAUGGAAAUCGAACAUCUCUGUUUAACAUUUGUUUACUUGCCACCAUCGAAUACAUAUGGUUAUCAAUCAGUAGAAUUAAUUCCAAACGGAGCACAUGUCGAUGUCACCAUCGAUAAUUUGGAACAAUAUGUCAAUCAGUCAUUACAAUUCAUUUUCCGGGAUGGCAUUCGUCGUCAAAUGGACGCAUUUCGAAAUGGAUUCAAUCAAGUGUUUUCACUUGAACAUUUACAAUGUUUCAAUCCACAAGAAUUGCAACUAGUUCUCUGUGGUAAUCAAUGGCCAUCAUGGAUAUUAGAUGAUUUAUUAACAUAUAUCGAACCUAGUCACGGUUUCACAAGAGAAAGUCCGGGCUUUACCAAGUUUCUCAAUGUUAUGUUAGCACUUGAUGGUCUCGAACGCAAAUCUGUAGUUCAGUUUAUCACCGGUUGUUCGUCGUUACCACCUGGAGGUUUGGCUAAUCUUCGUCCACGUUUGUCUGUUGCGCGUAAAGUUGAAGCUGACGAUAAUUCGUAUCCAUCAGUGAAUACUUGCUAUCAUUAUUUAAAACUACCUGACUAUACAAGUGAAGAAAUACUUAAACUUCGUCUGAUGACAGCGUGCAAAGAACGAGGUUUCUAUUUCAAUUGA